CCUCGAAGACGGAACGAGUUCUCGACUAGGAUCGAGGAAUUGGAAUUGAACACGAGGACGACCUCCACGUCCUCAAAUAGGAUGUGCAAUAAUGGGAAUGUUCCCGUCUACACGAAGCCACACCCCAACGACCGCACCAAGUUGCUGGAGGACAUAGAGGUCGGAAGCGAGAUGAAAGUCGACUUGGACAAGAGGCGUCUGGGUUUCAUCGCGCUGUUUGGGGUAAUUUGUACGAACAUCCUUCAGGCAGAAUCUGUGCAAUGGCUCCAGGGACCUAUCAACUUCCAAAAGCCCUUUUUCAUCAUGUGCUUCAGUCAUGCUGCACCAGUCGUGAUGCUGCCGCUGAUGCUCGUCUACUAUCGCAUUUACGGCAGUCCAGAAGACAAACAGUCUGGUUUCGAUUUUCGCCGUGUGUUCGAGCGUCACUCUGUCAUUCCGUUCUCCAGACUUGUGCGACUGUCUGUCUUCUUUGGAGUGUUCUAUCUCGUGUCCGACUACUUCUGGUUCUCUUCGUUCAAGAAUCUAACUGUGGCCACUGGAGCUGCGAUCUUCAACAGUCAACCGCUCUUCGUGUAUUGCUUCUCCAUCUGUCUUCUAAGCGAGAAAGCGUCGAUCAAGAGGUUGUGUGGCGUGGUAACAGCAUUUGUUGGAGUGGUGAUGGUCGUGAUGAAUCAAGGUGGCGGUGACUCGGAUAGAGAAGCCGGAGGGUCGAGCAUAGUGGCAGCCAUGAUGAUGCUGACUGCAGCAGCGAUGAGUGCGAUGUUUUCGGUCUCGCUCUCGAAGUUUGUAGGCAACGAUAUGAACGAUAUCCCGACGCUUUUCACGUUUUCUGGAUUCUGUGGAUUAUUUGCCUUCCCUCCGUGGAUUAUUGGCACAAUAUUCUUCGCGAACAGCCCGAUUCCUUCGCUCUAUGAAGAGGUUGGAUUCCCUACGACUGAAGAAGGAAUCUUGGCGUUGACUGCGGCUAUCGUCUUUUUCGUCAUCAAUUUUGUGUGCCUGAGUCCUGCGAUCUGCUGGACGUCGCCACUCGAGACCAGCGUCGGCUUCAUGCUCACGAUUCCACUGUCUGGAGUGAUGGAUACGCUCAUCCACCAUGCAUCGUUUUCGUGGGAAUUCAUUGUCGGCUCGGGGCUCGUGAUGGCCGGGUUCGCCAUUCUCGAACUAAAAUCGACGAAGCUGUUGGCCCAAUGUUCGUAAAGUAAGCGAGAAUAUUCGCUAUGCUUUUGAAACAAGUUGCACAAGAAUUACUAGCGUACCAAAAUACCAUUUUGUUCGCACAAGUUGAAAACCGUUUGUUAGUGUUUAGAAAAUCUACUAUCGUAGUACUACUAGUAGUGAUACCAGUACGCAUGAUUCUCAUCAACUCGUCUUAACAAACCUGCGCUUGAUCCCUCCGAUUAGAUCACGUCCAG